CUUACCGCUAAUAGAAGUGUUCUGUAGCCAUAUGUGCAUCUUCAUGAUGGUUGUAAUCUUCAAGAAGCCGUGGCACUCUUUGGCACAUCUGCCGGGAGUGGAUUCAGAACAUUAAUUGGAUAUUUUUGGCCGUAAGAGGUAGGGAAGCAUUGUGAAACUACAUUUCCCAUGCGCGUGGACUGCGCCGUCCUUGUUUUGAUGACGCAGACACGCACAGCAGUCCUAUUUCACGUUACCUUCAGAGACGGGCAGCUAAUGGAGUCAAGCGGACACGCCAAUGCGAUAGUACUAGUUCAAAACGAGACCGCUGCCGAUGUAAAGGGGAGCUGUUUUUACCGGUAAUAGUGUAUCGGUCGCAGAUAGAUGCUCUCUAGAAGGAAUAGUUAAAUGCGUACCCGUUUUGGCUCAUUUGCAGCUUACUCGCCGUAUCAACAUAGAGGCCUGUGUAGCUAGUUAGCUUUAGUUCCUCAGCUAGCUAGCAAGUGAUUUAACGCUAACCACACCUGCAGCAACUCAACACGCGUCUCAUUUUAAUGUUUUAUUUGUAAUACAGUCCGUCUGCUCCGCCAACAAAGACAGUUUUUCUUUGCUCUUCUACGAUAAUGGCGGAAGAGGCUGCAGUGGCCAUGCAGCAGAAUUUGGACAGGAGCUGCUGGGUGUGCUUUGCCACAGACGAGGAUGACCGCAUGGCGGAGUGGGUGCGUCCGUGUCGCUGCCGCGGCUCCACCAAGUGGGUUCACCAGGCCUGCCUGCAGCGCUGGGUGGACGAGAAGCAACGGGGCAACAGCACGGCACGCGUGGCCUGCCCACAAUGCAAUGCAGAAUACCUCAUCGUCUUUCCCAAACUAGGUCCCGUGGUCUACGUGCUGGACCUGGCCGACCGGCUCAUCUCUAAGGCCGGCCCCUUCGCUGCUGCCGGCAUCAUGGUGGGCUCCAUCUACUGGACGGCGGUCACCUACGGAGCCGUCACUGUCAUGCAGGUGGUGGGCCACAAGGAGGGCCUGGACGUCAUGGAGCGGGCCGACCCUCUGUUCCUGCUCAUCGGCCUGCCGACCAUCCCCGUCAUGCUGAUCCUCGGCAAGAUGAUCCGCUGGGAGGACUACGUGCUGCGUCUGUGGAGGAAGUACUGCAACAAGCUGCAGAUCCUCAACAGCAUCUUCCCAGUUCCUCGCAUCCCGGCGGAGGCCAGCCCCCUGGCGGACCACGUGUCGGCGACGCGGAUCCUGUGCGGCGCCCUGGUCUUCCCCACCAUCGCCACCAUCGUGGGGAAGCUCAUGUUCAGCAGCGUCAACUCCAACCUGCAGAGGACCAUCCUGGGAGGUAUUGCCUUCGUAGCCAUCAAGGGGGCGUUCAAGGUGUACUUCAAGCAGCAGCAGUACCUGAGGCAAGCCCACCGCAAGAUCCUCGACUUCCCCGAGCCGGAGGAGGCCUGAGGAGGUCCUGACGGGAGGACGGCCGGACCGACCGACAAGCCUCCGCCGGGGGGGGUGGGGGAGAUGAACUGCUGCAGUGCUGGUGAAACAGACUUGGGAUCGGUGUCACCCCAGUACCACCUGCUCCUCCCCAUGUCUGGAGUGGCUCACUGCACUGUCGCGGACAUUAAGGCAAAACAUCCCCCCCGCCCCCAGCCACACGUUGUUUUUAAGCUCCCGACGCUUUCGUAAGGGGAAGACGGAUAAGACUUGUGGACACAGAGCGGAGCAUGUUUGCAGUUACACACACAUUAACACACACAUUAACACACACGCACAUUAACACAGAAGAAGGCUGUGCGUCUGGUGGGUGGGUGGGUUUAACAGCUACAUAUCUCACUCUUAUUGUAAACUUACUGUAUUUUAAACUAAACUAAAUAUGCGGGGCAUGUGUAAUUGGAAAGUUUUAUAAUAAUAAUAAAAAAUUGUUUUAUAAUGUUAUUUUGCAGAUUUGAAAGAGCCCACUUUGCCAAUGUUAGGGGUUUAAAUUGUUCAGUGUGCAGAAUGUAUUGAUGAUGAAACAAAGUGUGUUCUGAAUCAUGAUGCAGAACAUCAACCCCAUGUAGGUAACACAUGUUGAGGAUCAAUCCUAACUCAACUGUAGCGAGUACACACUGACCACACAUGGGAACAUUUAGACUCUGCAGAAUUUGAAAGGUGUUUAUUAAUAUGUUUUGUUCACAUGCCUCGGCAGUGUUUACAGUGAUUGUCGUAGCUUUAUCUCCGUUUCGUCAAAGCGCUGCAGGAUUGGAGCGUCUCUUCGGGUCGGGCGGAUGGAUAACAUGGAGGCUUCUGGUCCUGAGCUUUGUUUUUUCAUUUAUUUUUUUCACAGUGACGGGAUGUUGGAUUGGAAAGCAUCUCAUAAGCUCCGGGUGAAUGUUGACGCAGCACUUUUCACUGGGAGACGUGAAACUUUGCUGAAAGUCAACGAACAUUUCAGCGUGGACUUUUAUUUA